AUGAGUGGCUCAAGCACUACGACGCUUACAGUUUUAUCGCUGAACUGCUGGGGUUUGAAAUUCAUCUCCAAAAAGCGGGAACAGCGAAUGGAAGCCAUCGCGGAUAAUUUGGCUCGCUCAGAUUAUGAGAUUGUCUGUCUACAAGAAGUUUGGGUAUAUGCUAAUUACGAGCUAAUUAAAAAUAGAACAAAAAAGCGAUUUCCACAUUCCAGAUUCUACUACAGUGGUAUUCUUGGUGGAGGACUCGUUAUUCUCUCGCGGUAUCCUAUUGUCGAAUUCAAUUUUCACAAAUACCGUCUGAACGGUCGACCAAUCAAGUUCGUCCAUGGUGAUUGGUAUGUAGGCAAAGGAAUUGCUAGUGCGGUGGUUGACCAUCCCGUGGCAGGAUUAAUUGAGAUAUUUAACACACACACACACGCAGGUUAUGGGUCAAAAGACAAUGACAUAUAUUUGGCUCAUAGAGUUUCUCAAAGUUGGGAGGCGUCAAAUCUAAUGAGAAUAUCAGCUUCAAGAGGCCGAAAUGUUAUUGCAGCAGGUGACUUUAAUAGCGAACCAGAUACUCUUGUUUACAAACUUGUAGUACAACAUGGUCAGAUGACUGACGCUUGGCAAUCUCAGCACCCUUCAACACCGGGAAGUGUUUCUACAACAUCCAUUAACCAACAGACCGGACUAACCGGAUUCGAUGCAAACGCCGCAAUUGCACAGAAAGGCAUCACUUGUAAUUCACCGAUAAACACAUGGUCUAAGCGUACUUUAAAACAAGCUACACGCGAUCGGGACGCGGGGUCACGCCUUGAUUACAUUUUUUAUCGUAAAACGUCGAGAUUCUGGUGUAGCGGGUCACGUGUCGUUUUUACAGAAAAAAUCCCGGAAUUAGGCUGUAGUUAUUCCGAUCAUUUUGGUGUGGAGGCAACUUUCACACUUGUUGGACGUGACAAAAAUGCAGUCAUUCCCCUUUCGAUCUGGGAACAGGGUCCUUAUGAGACUUUAAAAGAGUUAGACAGUCGCACACUCAAGAAUAUGAUCAAUCUAUUCGACAAAGAUUUGAUCAGGAUUAAAACUUUUAAUGAGGGAAAAAAAAUUCUUGAAAGUAGGGAGAGUAAAGCAAGCAGUACAGGAGCUACUGGGGAAAAUGGUAAUAGCCAAAGGUCAUCUGCCGCUGGAGUAAAUGCGGAACUUGAUCCAAAAGAUACAUCGUGA